AUCGAAGGAAGCUGCAUUGCUACUGCACUUUUUAUAAAAUAAUUGUCAAUAAAUGCCCACAAUUUCUCGUUAACAAAAUUCGGUUCAGAACUGACACUCAUAAUAUUACUCGUAAUAUACGAAGGAUUUACUUAUUAGAAUCCCUAAGCAUAAUCUUCAAUUAUAUAAAAGGUCCUUCUCAUAUUUAAUAGCUUUUUAUCUAAACAAACUAAAAAUUAACUUUUCCUCUAUGUUGCUAGCACAGUUCAAAACCUUCAUUAAAAAUAAGCUUUAUUCUGGUGAAGUAUAAAACCUAUAAUUAAUGUACAUUUGUACCAUCUUACUCAAUUUGAAUCAUUGACUGAUUUCUCUCCUUUUCAAAAUUUAAUGGAUGUAGGUAGAUUUCCACGACUGAAGUAUACCUCUCUAUGGCGUAUUGGGGCUGAGUGGUAGACCAGACGGUUAAUAUUUUUGACCAAUCUGAAUCUUAACCCCUUGGGGGAAACUGGAAGGACUAAGAAAUUGUAAUGAUCAUGCUCAGGUUCCUGAUGAUUUAUUCCAUGUUAAACCCAAUAAACGAUUUAUUAUUAUUAUUAUAUUAUUUUUCCCUAAAUUGUCUCUUUAAUAUAAAAUUUUAAUGUUCAUAUAAAUUUUUUUAAAUUAAUAUCAAUGUAUCAGUGACGAUCACAGGAGUCUGGUAAAAUGAAAAAGUAGUCAGGUAAAGUGUUACUACCACUAUCAUGACAUCUAAAAUUUCCUGACAAAAUAAAGUAGGCAUAAAAAUGAAGAUUUCGUGACGAUUCGGGAAAAACAAAUUAACGUCGAUUACAAAUCGUGUAACGAGACGGUUGAGAACCCGUCCUUUCAAGGACACAUUUGAAAUACUAUCUUUUGGAGAAAAGUUUCUUAUAGUCAGUUAUCGACACCACAUCGGUGAAAUUUACUGUCGUCUUUCUUCUCUUUGUCCGUGCGAAGUUAAUGAACUUUGAUGUCCUGGUUUACAUUGAAAGAAUUAUCAUUGCAAUCAUGACGUCAAAGCUUGUCUUUCUAUAUACUCUCCUGGGACUUGCUGCACACGCACUGCCGGAAAACAAUUUGUUGGAAACACGACGAUACUGCGGCUUCCAACAUUCCGACGACUACACAAGGAAUGAUGACAGUACUAGUUUAGACGAAUUUCCUUGGAUUGGUCAGUUACUGUAUAACAAAGACAACACCUUGAAAUGUGUCGGUUCUUUAAUUAAUCGUCGCUAUGUAUUAACCUCUGCACACUGCUUGCUGCCACCAACGCUACAAUUUAACAUUACAGGUGUUAGAUUCGGUGAUUACGAUGUAACUACCAACCAAGACUGCGUUAACUACACAAAUUUUGGUGAAGAAUGCAGUGAUCCGACUCAACAAUUUGGCAUUGAAGAGUUAAUUCCCCAUCCAGAAUAUAACUCCAGGACCUUUCAGAAAGAUAUUGGACUAAUUCGCCUUUCCAGAGCUGUUACGUAUACAGACUAUAUACGCCCGAUAUGCUUGCCAAAAUCGAAAGGCUCGGAACCGCAGAGCGGAACACAGUUCGUGUCAUCCGGUUGGGGAGAUGAACGUCAUUCAAUAAAACACACCACAAUCAAAAAGAGAAUUUUGACAAAGCUAAUUUCAUUGGAAGAAUGUCAUAGAUCACUAGGCAAUUCUGCAAGUUUUAUUACUCAUGACCACUUAUGCGUGAUUGACGAACGGGGAAGCUUUACAGGCGCCACUGACAGUGGUGCUCCGUUAAUGCGAUCCGUAAAAAAUCAAUGGGAGCAAGUCGGUGUACAUUCGUUUCGUAAACUUGGUGGAUCCGACUCUCCAGUUAUCUAUGGAAAAGUAACUAGUUAUUUAGAUUGGAUUACAGAAAAUGUGCGUGCUUAAGAUAAACAUCAACUCAUACCAUGAAUUAAUUUGCAUUACUCCGUCACCUACCAUAAUUCCAUUUCAAGAAUCGUUCCCAUCUACAGGGU